AUGACCUCAGCGACAAGAUUAAGCUUGUCAAGAAAGGUAUAAACGUGAAUGAGAGGCCUUGCAACAACUUCGUUAAUUUUGCUGCUACAUACAAUGUAUUACAGGUUCAAUAUCAAUUGACCCAUUAUAUUGAAGACAUUAUUACGGGCUACGAUGGAGACGUGAGUUACAGUAUUUCUACCGUAAAACGUUUUUUUAAAUAAAAAAAUCCGCGAUGAAUAUGUUUGAUAUAACACUUCUUAUUCCUCAAAUUGCUUAUAAUACUUAAUUAUUUUGUUUUUCCAGGACGCAAUCCUCCAAAAGUUCAAAAGCGAGUACCGUAUGUGUACAGUAAACAAACGCUACGGCGCUCGAGAGUUUCACUCCCCAAAAGGUACUUCGAUGAUACAACAGAUGCAGAUGAUGCUUCGGGGUUCGACUGACGUCAUGAAUGACGAGCAGUUCAUCCAAGUGUACACCGCCGUACUGGGCGACAUGUUCAAGUACGGAGCCAAGAACUUGGUCGAGACUAUGAUGCAGCACAAGAUCAUGUUCUUCUAUCCGGGAGAGCUGAGGAUCAACGACAGUGACACGUGUAGGAACGCGGUAUCUGAUGCUAGUGUAUGGCGAUGUGCUCACUUGAUGGAGUACAUAUUAGGGGUGGAUGUGCCAGAAGAUAUGGCAGCUGUGUAUUUUCCUAAAGGGGUGUGUUCUUAUUAUAUAUGGUUGUUCAAAUAAUUCUGUGCUCCUUUCAAAAAAACUAAAAAAAAACUUUCCGGGUUAGCAGGCACAGAAUUAUUUGAACAACCUAAUAGCUAAUUGUGUUAAAAAUGUAGCAAAGAACUAAUUUAUAAUGUCAACAAAGUUUUGGCGUUUUUAACAGUGAAAGUACAAAAAAAUCAAGGACAAGACUUUUUUAACACCUAAAUAUACCAUGUUAACAUUCCAGAGAAGACCUCGUGAAGCUCUAUUGAGAAAACUAAUCGCAAUUUACCAAGACAACAGAAUGCACCCUUACUCGAACUGUGCCGAGUUUGUUCAAGGGGCCUACUACAUGUAUGUGAAGAAGCUGAUUUUCGAUACCAAGUUGAAGAAUGUAGACUUUGCUAAAUUCAUUCAACGAGCAUCAUUGGUCAUCAAGGAGUUCCGUCGACUGGUCGACUACGAAGACAUCUCACCGGAACAUAAAGAGGCGGCCUACCAUGUAAUCGACCAUAUUAGAUUCCACAGUGUAGGCCACCCCAUCUUCCUGGAUGUCAACUUCAACAAAUACUUCUCAGAACCGCAUUUUCAUAUAUUUUCUGACAGAGAUAGGCUGAUGAACAACGACUUGCCGGUCGUCAAGUACUGCGUGGAUAUGAAGCAGAAGAACUUGUUCACUCAUAACCUUGGAGUAGGGUUAAUUUGGUGAAUUUAAUUUUAGGGGAGGGCGGGUAGACAUGAGAAACGGGCCGGGCCUGAAUGUUAGGCCCGGCCCGAUCGAAAUUUUGCUCAGGGCCGGCCCGGCCCGAUGGUAGGCCCGGCCCGUUUCUCAUGUCUAAGGGCGGGGUAGGACCUUUCUGAGGCAGGGUAUUGCCUUUUUGAUGCCGGGUAAUGUCUUUCUAAGGCGUUGUAGGGCCUUUCUGAGGCGGGUCAGUGCUUUUAUAAGCAAUAUCAGAAGAUAAUCUUUAUAAGUAUCAUAAGUAUUACAAUUCAAUACUUUUGUAGGAUGCUGCGACGUUCAUACGAGAAGGUAGCUAUAUUUACAUUGGUACUGGAAUGACGUCGCUUCUGCCGCCAUUUUUCAGCGAGUCCUACCCACCGUACUUUUUAUUCUCUGGAUUUGUACUGGAUUUGUUUGGAGAGUACAGUAAGUUUAAAAUAUGCUGAAUUAUAGGUGCACGACUACUUUUUUGAUAUCAGUAAAUUUUAAUUGUAUUAUCAUUAGCUGCAGUAGAAUUCAAAGUACCAUAGCGAAGGACCAAAAAAUUUUAUCAGUAGUACAUAGUAUCAAAUGUAGCUCAACUAUUAAGUUGUUGAAAUAAUUCUGUGCCCCUUAACCUAAGAAAUUUGCUUUGAGAGAAACACAUAAUUAUUUGAACAUCUAAUACUACCAUCACUAACCAUUUUCACCGUCACUAACCACAGUACAUUUCAGUGGCCCAAAUAGUCCACCAAACCUAUAUAAAAUACGUCACUCUACACGGCAUCGGAGACCCAAUCGACGAAGAACUGAACAAUAAAUACACCCAUGAACAGCUCUUCUUCAUUAAUGCUGCACAAAUCAUCGUACUCAACAGGAUGCGACUUAAUGACAAGAACGUAUACAAUCCAGCUGAUGCUACCUGGAACAUAUUCAAGUGUUCUCGAGGGUUUAGUAAUGCUUUUCAGUGUAAGGAAGGCGACAACUAUUUUAAAAAGACCGAUGAAGGAUCGGAAUGUUAUGUUCUGAAAGGUGGCUACAACGCUAACUAUAGUCUGGACUAUUAUGGUCCUAACUGA